GGGUUUUCCACGUUGGAUCAAGUGCGGCGUACAGAGCAAGCUGCAUUAAGAUCACCGGCAGCUCAGGAGAAGCGACACGCACUGGGAAACACUGCUUCUGCCUUCUGCGAGACAUUUUUACCGCGCGGAUCUUACUUGUCUGCCGAGGGAGAUCUGUGUAUUUUUCUAGACCUUCUCCCUUUUCCACCCUCCCCUCUCUUGUCCACACACUCACACGGAGACGCACACACAUCCCUCUGAUUGUUCCUACCACCUCCUUGGUGAGUUACCGACAACGACAGCCAUUCAAUCAGCUGCUACUGCUGCUGGAGAGACUCGCGGACUGUGUGUGUGCCUGCCUGCCUGCCUGUUCAGGGAAGAAAAGAUUCAGAUGUAGCUUUUCUGGUGUUUUUUUCGGUUUGAUCCGAGGAACCAGAGAGAGACACUGAGGCGGCGGAGGACCGAGUCUCUGCCAUUGGGGCUGCCGUGCUGGAAAGGAAAACUCUCGCCCAUUGGGGUGAGAGGACGAUAUAUACACACACACACAUACCCACAAUUUUCGGCCGGAUGAAAAUGUUGAAUCCUGCCAACGGAGAGCAGCUUCAUUUAGCGAACUAUGUGGAGGAUUACCUGGACUCGAUCGAAUCCCUGCCUUUCGAUCUGCAGAGAAAUGUCUCCCUGAUGAGGGAAAUUGACGCCAAAUACCAAGAGAUCUUAAAAGAACUCGAUGAUUAUUACGAAAAAUUCAAACGGGAAACAGAUGCAGUACAAAAGAGAAGAUUAUUGCAUUGUAUACAGAGAGCACUGAUUCGGAGUCAAGAACUGGGAGAUGAAAAGAUCCAAAUUGUCAGUCAAAUGGUAGAACUCGUCGAGAACAGAACUAGACAAGUUGAUAGUCAUGUAGAAUUAUUUGAAACCUGCCAAGAGACUAAUGAUAUUACUGGAAAUAACGGUAAGACUAACCAAGACAAAUCAAAGAAUGAAACACUGACUCAGGCAGAAAAGCCCAACAAUAAGCGAUCCAGGAGGCAAAGAAAUAAUGAAAAUCGUGAGAAUUCUUCUAAUAAUCACGAUCAUGAUGACAUCACUUCAGGAACACCAAAGGAGAAGAAAGCAAAAACUUCCAAGAAAAAGAAGAGAUCUAAGACCAAAGCAGAGAGGGAAGCUUCCCCUGCAGACCUGCCCAUUGAUCCCAAUGAACCAACCUAUUGUUUGUGUAACCAGGUCUCCUAUGGAGAAAUGAUAGGCUGUGACAAUGAUGAAUGCCCAAUUGAAUGGUUUCACUUCUCAUGUGUGGGACUCAAUCAUAAACCCAAGGGCAAGUGGUACUGUCCCAAAUGUAGAGGAGAAAAUGAGAAAACGAUGGACAAAGCCCUAGAGAAAUCUAAAAAAGAAAGAGCUUACAACAGGUAGUCUCUAGUUUAAAAGCAAAUAAAGCCCUGAGAACUGAUAUUUAUUUCCUGCCUCACCUUUUUGUUGAGAUUGCAGGAUUGUAAAAUGUAUAUUUUUAAAGGCGGUUAUACAUCAAACCAUUCUUGUCAUAGGAAUGGCAAUAGGAAAAAUGUUUGAGUUUUUUCCUUUGAUACAGUUGUUAGCAAAAAAAAUGAACUGUUGGUUAAGACAUAGAGCAAAAUAAUGUUAACAUGUAAUGUUCAGAUUCAUCUUAUAAGAAACAUAUUUUCACAAAUUGGUAAGACUUCACCUGUGAAAAUGUAGAUGGAAACUUGAAUAACAUUUUUCAUUCUUCCUUGUAGAAGAAUGUGGUCUUGUUUUUCCAGAAAAAGUAUUCUGUAGUUUGAAUAAAGCAGCAUUAUCUUGCAAGUUUAACUAAAAUACAACCAAAUGUAGAGCUUAGGUGCUUAAACCAUCUUAUUUUAGUUAGGUUUAAGCACACUUAACUCUGAAUUGGUUUUAUGGCUUGGAAGUAUAUGUUCUUUCUCUCAGUUAAAAAUAAUUCCAAAACUAUGAGUUAUCACCAUACAUCCUAUUAAAACAUCUUACUGGGAAUUAAAGACCAUUACUUUCAGCGGGUUUUGGUUUCUAAGAGAGAUGUUUAUAUCAAGGUGAACUUUUCUGAUGGUGAUUGAUGCAAUAGCAAAGGAAAAGAAGUUACAGCAUGGCUCCUGUUAAAUGUGUCACUCUUAAUAGCUCUCUAUGACAACAUGUUACAAGCUUAUUUUUAAAAAUGCAGAAGGUUAAAUUUUACACAACAUAUUUUAUAUACUGGCCAACUACCACAAAGGCCUUUUAAAAAUGAUUUAGUAUAUUUUGUAUUUAACCAGAAUAUGGUUUAGUAGUGAAACUUAACAUAAAUCAAGGCUUUAUACUGUCACAGAAUAAUAGUGUAGCAGUCUUUUCUUUGUAUAAGUUGUACAAAUGUACAUUUUCAAGUGGAAUUGCACUUAACUGUAUUAUAAUUGGAAAUGCAUCUACAUACCAUGGUGUAGUCAAUAUGCAUUUCCUUCUGUAUGUAUGAAAGUUGUACAGUUGUGAUAUUAAGGAAUAAAUUAAACAAA